AUGGACAAGACAGACUCAACCAAACAACCAAAUGGCACCGUUUCUGCCUCUGAUCUCGCUCAAUACCAAGCCCGCUGGGAGCAAAUCCACAACGACACCAUUCGCCAGAUUCAACAAGCCCGAGAGAAAGAAAGGAUGGUCAACGGUCAGGCCCAAAAGUCCAACCUGUCGGGCUAG